AUGCCCGUAAAGGAACCAUUCCGUAGUUGGAAGCUUUGCAUCUUAUAUGGCCAGCUCUACGCUUGCAUCCUAUCUAAAGGUGCCUAUGGCGGUGUCAACCUUGUUCUUUAUCAAUUAAUGCGACGAGGAACUGUGGAACGUCGUCACAUACUUGUUGUUCCUGAAGUUGGUCGGAUAGCCUUAACCUUCGUUCAGGAUCUAGUUAUAGUCCACCAUCAGCAUUCCAGAACUUCUCUUGCCUACGACAUUGCUGCUUCAGGAACCGGCGGUCCGGAAAAUGAGGGAUUGUUUGUUUCUAUAGAUGCUCCUUCCUGGAUAGUAUUUCCACCGAACGUUGUAAUUGACGGAAGUCUUGGCUGUUUGUGGACCGUCGAUCUUAACUUGGACGCAUUCACUGCACUGAUUUCCGAUCCGAUUACUCUGGUCAAUUGCCUCCUUAAUCGAGAGGGAGCAAAGCCAGUUCUGCGCCAGUACUGUCAAGACCUCGUGGAGAAGCUUGCGCAGUCCUUUAUUGACGCCUCAUCGGACGAACAACAACAGCAGACGUCUGCGGAUAAGCCAACUCACAAGAUGGAAGUCAUCUACCAACUCCUCGUUCGAUUUGCAGACAUUCAAAAGUCGGCGAGUCGAGCUUCUAGACACCAACGAGUUCAUCGAAAUCAACCGCGGAGUCAGGUUAGAAACGAUUCGGAUCGCACUGUGGAGAUGCCUGAUUCGGAACCUAUUCAACGACCCUACAAACCUCCUCUCGUCUUCACUCCUGAUGAUGUCUAUGAAACUAUGCUUGUACCUUUGGCGAAUUAUUCUUCGGAUAACCCAAAAGUACUGAAACUUCUCUCUCAUCUCAUCUUCCAUUAUAUCACUGAACUCAAAUCUCGUUCCCUGAUUGUUGAUCCCAUGUUUUUCUCUCUUUUGAUGGAGAGCCUAAUUAAAUCAAACGAUUUUUCUCGUUUGGUGUACCUUUUGCGCUCUGGAGUAAUUGUUGAUUCUACGAAAAUUGCCAACCAACUACUCUCAUUUGAGUCCGUUUUCCCUCCGGCUGGCCAAUUAGCUCUUGAUAUGCUUCAGCGAUUGGAAACUUCGAAUGAAAGCAUUGUGGAGAUUUUCUUGGCUAAAGGAGACCCUAUUAUGGCUCUUAGGUUCUGUAAAGAAUAUCCGGAGUUGCUCUCUCUUCCGGAGACACCGCGGAAAAUCCUCGACGCCGCCAAAUUCUGCGAGGAUCCGAUGAUAUUCUACUCGGUUUUCCGGUUCUUUGAACGGGCUGUUCCAUUCGCUUGUUCUUUAAUACAAGGUACUAAGUGGACUAAAUUUGUAACAAUCCUCUGUAUUUGGUAA